AUGUUUAGGAGGUUUUAAAAUAUCAAGCUUUUCACGACAAAUUACACGAACAGAGAACUGCCUUAGCUAGCUCCCUAGCUAGCUUUAGAAAUGAGCUUUGUAGUACAAUCCCCCGUAGCGUAUUACAGCUACUAGCUAGUAGCUUUAGCAGCUAAGUUACUACCAGGCGAGGAAGAUAAACACUGAUCUCAGUGAAGUCUACUAGUAUAGCAGCAAAUCUAUUUCAGAUAGUUAUCUUACUUCAAGAUUGGCAGAGAAAGAGGAACACUUAAACCCCAACUGUGAAGAUUGGUGGGUUGUGCUACAGGCAUAAAAUGAGCUCCCUCUCUCAGAGGAGGGAUGCACCACCACCUUCACCAGCAGGAGGAGGAGGAGAAUGGAGACCUAGAACUGAAGAGCAGUGGCGAGGCCCAGCCAAAUCACCGGUCAUAGAGGGGGACGCCGAUGAGAGACGCGAGCGGCGUGGGAAGGAAGCCGUCCCCAGGGGGACCUGUCAGACCAUGUGCCCGGCCCGCGAGCUGCGGGAGCGCCAGCUGCAGAGCCGCCUCCACCGCUUCGAGGUGCUGGCGGGCUCGGAGGGAGACCGGCGGCCCAAGGCGGACCCCCUGCGCGUCGUCAAGGAGUAUUCCAGACCCGCCGCUGGGAAAGACUUGACGCACCCCGCGGAUCUCCGUCCCGCCGCCGUGUUGCUGAAAACCGUGUGUUACCUUGUUGACGACAUCGUCGCCUCCCCUCACCUGCGUCCUUGGACCGAGGCCUACAGCUUCGCCUUCGACCGCCUGCGUGGCGUGAAACAGGACAUGAUCAUCCAGAGGGUGUCCGGUUUGAGCUGCGUGGCCAUUCUGGAGCGGACGGUGCGCUUCCUCAUCUACGCCUCGUAUCGCCUCUGCGGUGAGCCCGUGCGGCUGUACGACCCGCGCAUCAACGACACACACCUGCAGGAGAACCUCAGCUGGCUGUUGGAUUGCUACGCGACCGGAGCAGGGCCGCACGCCAACCAGGACGAGAUGCAAGCUCUCGGUCUGCUGUACAACUUGGGUUCAGCUCGUGCCACGCAGCACAUCAUGGAGCUCCCCGACCGGCUCCGCAGCUCUCCCGCCAUCACCCUCGCUCUUUCCAUCAACCGGGCUUUCCUGGAGCGGAACCCCGUGCGGUUGCUGCGGCUGGCCCGGCGGUUGAACUUCCUGCAGAGUUGCGCCGUGCACCGCCACCUGGUGACGUGCGGCCGGGAUCUGCUGCUGAUAUACAGCCACGGGUUCAGCAGCCGAAACUGCCGCUUCCCCCUCGGCGGCGUGGCUCGGCUCCUGUCGCUGGACGGCGCCGCCGCGGCCCGACUCUGCGCGGCGUACGGAGUGGCGCUAAACCGGGACGACCAGCUGGUGUUCUCGAAGGCCGCGUUCACUGAGCCCGAACAGGGGAAGCUGCACUGCAAACUGUAUCACGCCAUAGUGGCAGAGAAACAAAGGGAACUCGGCGUUGGGGACCUCAUUCACGGAUUUGCUGGAGACAAAUAAAGAGAGUAAAGGGAUGCUUGAUUGUUAUGUAUAGGAAAUUGUCUCCUUGGCAGCUGUCCCGCGAUCAGCGGUUUUAAAGCGUUGUGUGGACACUACAGCAGUGUUUUCAUCGUUCUACUCUUGUUUGAUUUGAGCCGUGCAGCUGCUUUCUAAGACACGCGUUCAACAUUAGGUUCAGGGCUUUUGUUGAUCAUCUGAGAAAAGCUGAACUCUGGGGGAAAAAAAAAAAAAAAAAAAAGCUCCCUCUUGGUGCUGGCGGUUUUUCCAUCUUGAUCACACGCUUGGUGGCCUGACUUCCUUAAAAAUGUGAAAUACUUUUAUCAUGUUACUCUAUAUUGUUUCUGUUCAGUGUUAUGUUAAUGCCAUAUUGUUUUUGUUAAGUAUUUCAGAAAACCUGUAAAAACAGCCGUGCAACAUUGUUCAUUCGUUCUCAAAGAAGUACCUCAGAAGCACUUAAAUAAAUGAUUGUUACCUAAAGGAAAAACAAUGCU